UGAAGCAUUGUUCCUUCUCUUUUGCGCAUCCGUUUCCCCUCCCCGCGCAAUCGUGCUUGCUUUUUGCCUGCGGCUAUGGCGGGAGAAUACCGGACUUCGCGAAGGCGCACGGCCCGCGCACCGGUUGUGGCGCUUCUGUUGCUAGUGCUUGUGAGCUCGGGCGGCUAUGGCAGCGGCGGGGUGAAGGCCUCGGACGGCGUGGCGGCGGCGACAGAGAGACGCCGUGCGCUCGCCGCAGCGAGGCCCACCACACCUGAGGCUCGGCUGCGAGCGGCGGUGACGAGUCGCAACAAGACGGUCCUCCGACUGACAUCUGACAUCCUGCUCACGUCUGACCUUCCCGUCAUGACCUGCCCCAAUCUGACGGUCGUGGGCAACUGCAGGACACGUGACGGACGAUGGAGACCAUGCAAGAUCGACGGCGGACAGAAGUUCUCAGGAUUCAAUGCGACGGGUGGGAACGGGGUAACGCCGGGCCUCGAACUCGUGAACUUCCAUCUCACCAAUUUCCGUCGUACCAUUGCCUACAUGCCGGGGAUUAUCGUGGUCCGCAACUGCCUCGUCACCAAAAACACGGUGAGUUAUGGCAUGUUCUCCGCGUAUGUACUAAGUAUCGAACGCUCGACGUUUACUGGUAACAGCGGCGGUUUGAUCAGCGGCAUGUAUGUUAGCGUGGGUCUGGGUGAUGUAGUCUUUCGAUCGAACACAGGGCCGUUGAUCUCUCUCUACAAAGGAAACGUGAGUGGCCGAAGGUGCAGGUUCGAGGCCAACACGGGAGGUCCGAUAAGCGUGUCCAAAGGGGGCGUGAGGUUCAUUCGCUCUUCGUUUGUGAAUAACUCGGGUGGUGCCGUUACACUCGGUUUUGAUGGGUCGGGUACUUUCUGCAAUUGUAAAUUCGAGGGAAAUUAUGUGACAACGAGCGGAGGGAGAUCGAGAGUGGAACACGUGUACUUUGGCGGGAUUAUGGACGGGACUGAUGGGGUGCAGUUCUGCAAGAAGCGGCCUCGAGUCGGGGUGGUCCUCGAGUCGCCCGAUCUCGCUUCCUACAUCAAGGACUCGUGCAAGGAGUGUCCGAAAUAAUGAAACCAUCGCCUUCUCUCGCUUUUGCCUGCGAGGGUUGUCCAAAAUAAGGAUACUCUCGCGUUCUCUCUUCUCUCUUUUGAAGCUUUUUUGGGUUCCCCCCUCUUUCAACCCUUUUAUUAUUAUGGUAAUUGGUUUAUAGUCCGUUUUGUCUUUUUCGUCCUGAGCUGAGCAAAGGGUCCGAAGAUUCUCCUGGGUAGGGAAGCGAUCACGUGGCUUGGAGGGAAUCAAUGGGUGCUGACGUGGGAUGUAGGGAAAGGAGCGGUGGUGACGUGGCAUGUGCGGGAUCGAGUGGUGACGUGGCAUUCUAGGGAACAUUAAAUGUCCGAUAGGUGUGGAUGAAGAGGAGCAGGGUGAGCAGAGUGCGAAUUCUGAGAUUGUCUGAUUUGACAUUUUUUUUGUUGAGCCAGAAAGAGGACGUGCAUUGGAUUUGAAAUAAACGGAAAAGUCGGUUUUGGAUGAAAAAGCGAAUUAUCAUUAUGGCUUCACGAGCGGCUGUUGCCUUGGAAUCAACCACUGCUGUUUCG